AGAGAGAGAGAGAGAGAGAGAGAGAGAGAUGGAAAAGAGCAAAGUACUGAUUGUUGGGGGGACUGGGUACUUGGGGAAGAGGUUGGUGAAUGCAAGUUUAGGGCAAGGACAUGAAACAUAUGUUCUUCAUCGAGCAGAGAUUGGUGUGGACAUUGAGAAGGUUCAAAUGCUGUUGUCAUUCAAGGCAAGAGGAGCGCGGCUCGUGGCCGGUUCCUUCAGUGACCAUGGCAGCCUAGUUGAUGCAGUGAAAAAGGUUGAUGUUGUUAUAUGUGCAAUUUCUGGCGUCCAUAUUCGCAGCCACCAUAUCCUACUGCAGCUUAAGCUCGUUGAUGCAAUCAAGGAGGCUGGAAAUAUUAAGAGGUUUUUGCCUUCUGAAUUUGGCACUGAUCCUGCACAAAUGGAGGAUGCGAUGGAACCUGGAAGAGUGACAUUCGACGACAAAAUGGUGGUGAGGAAAGCGAUUGAGGAAGCCGGCAUCCCUUUCACCUAUGUGUCGGCCAACUGCUUCGCCGGAUACUUCCUCGGCGGCCUCUGUCAACCUGGUCACAUCCUUCCUUCAAGAGACUCUGUGCUCUUGCUCGGAGAUGGCAAUCAAAAAGCAAUUUAUGUUGAUGAAGACGACAUAGCCAACUACACUAUCAAAACCAUAAAUGAUCCACGGACUCUGAACAAGACAUUGUAUCUUAGGCCACCUGCAAACAUCCUUUCACAAAGAGAGGUAGUUCAGAUUUGGGAGAAACUAAUUGGGAAAGAAUUGAACAAGUCAUCAAUCUCCAAGGAAGACUUUUUAGCUACCAUGAAAGGAUUGGAUUAUGCAGAGCAAGUUGGACUGACACAUUACUAUCAUGUGUGCUACCAAGGGUGUCUAACAAAUUUUAAAAUCGGAGAUGAUGGAGAGGAAGCUUCUGUUCUCUAUCCAGAAAUCAAGUAUACCACAGUGCAUGAAUAUCUUAAACGAUAUGUCUAACUUUAAAGUUACUUUAUUUAUUGUGGGGGAAUUAAUGAAUGUUAUUUGGCUUGUAUUGAUUGUUAUUGCUCAUUGCUUCUAAUUAUCAAAUAUUGGGAUUUUCUUUUAUUAUGUUUGGUGUAAGUUGAAACUAAAAUGUUUAUUUUGGUGAAUUGUUUUUCAAAUAUGAGAAAUAUAU